AAAGUGCCACAGACUGUAGAGGUUGAGGCUCCAGUAUGCACUCUGAGCCACCAUCAUGGCCGCCUCACCUUCUCCUUCAGGUGACCAACCACACGUCCUCAGUAACACGUCUAAGGAGGUCUACGAACUGGUCAGAGAUGAAGACCUGCCCAAGAUCCUCUUCCUCUGUACCAACCCGAGCAAGGUGGCGCAGCUUGACGAUACCAACAACCAGGAUAAGGAGCCCAAGGUCACCACUGUCAUUGCUUUCAAGAGAGCCUUAGAGAAGAAGGACGUCUCGGAACUACGAGAGCAGUUCAAGAAAUAUUGUAUGGACCUAAGUAUCAAGUUUCUGUUAACUAUUGUUAAAUACAUCAGCCUGAUGCUCGACUUCACCAGGCGGGCCCAACAGCUUAGCGAGGAUGAGGUUAGUAUUCUCCAGUUCGUGGAGAUAUUGACCAUGUUUGGGUACCCGGUCCCGCUAGACAUCAGCAUGGCCUCUGAGUUCAUCAUCUAUUUCAACAAAGUCCCUGUCAACGACGUGAGAGAUGGAACACAACGGAAGAAAAAGUAUUUAGUUUACUCCGAGAAUAAAGUGAUCAUGCAGCUUUGUGACAAGUUACAGGAGGAGGAAGUAUGCCUGAUAUACGAGCUCCUGCGCCGAGAGGGCAAAGAAGAUGACUUCGCUACAGUAAAAGAACAUUUGGACCUCCCGGUAGACUCUCGCGAGCUUAAGACAACACCCGGAUUGAAAGACACAGCAUUCUAUUACUUUAUUCUCACAUUGAUCAGACACAAAAACUUGAACCGGCUCUAUACACACGCCCUCACCAACAUCUUUAACUCAAUAAAAAAAAUGAGAGGGGAUUCUGACCCUCGCAUUGACGACCUGCUGGACCAGGUCAACCGGUACCCCAUGGCCUCCAAGCCUCCUGGCCUCUGCAUCAUCCUGAAUGUGGAGAUGGACAGAGACGGUGCUCAACACGACCAGAGGAACGUCAAAGAAUUAUUUGAGAACGUCUUCAAGUACGAUGUUGUCGUGGAGACCGACCCGACCAGGGAGAGAGUAUUGCGUGUUAUCGACGAACUGAGGGAAUCCAGGAACCAGUUCUACGACAGCUUGGUGGUGUGGGUCAUGAGUCAUGGCAGCAAGACCUACGUGAACGUGAUUGAUGGGAAAAUUCACCGGCGGGGGGAACUAAUUGAUCCCAUCACCAAAAUUGAUUGGUUGCUUAUGAAGCCAAAGCUCUUCUUCUUCCAAGCUUGCGCCGUCAGGUACAAGAGCAUCUUUGACCAAGCUCUCGUAGACGAGUACCUUACACCUUCUGCGGGCCCUAGCUCAUUACUGGCCAAGGAUUCGAGUAGCAGUUGGGAAAACACAUACGGGCCGUCGGAGGAUGUAUGGAAUAUCAACCCAUUCGCCGACACCCUCGUCUCCUACGCCACCAAAUGGUACGAAGAGGCCGCCAGAGGAGAAAAAGGCUCGCUGUACGUGGACACCUUGGUGGACCAGCUAAAGCUGUACGGACACAAGGAGCCGAUAGAGAGCGUGUUGAGGAGGACACAGUACAACGUUAACACGGUCAGGCUCCUGGCCAAUCAAUGCGAAAUGAGACAGGCGCCAUACUUCGAGUCCUCACUCCAGAAGGUCUUCAUCUUCCCGAAGGAAGACAUUGACUAAACUGAAGGUUGACUAACGAUGCAGCAAGCUCAUGGAUGGUGAAACCUCUUUCGGAAAAAUGAGAAUGUUAAUGGGAUCCUUAGUUAGUUUUUGAUUUGGGAAAUAUGUCUUAAAAUGCAUCACUUAAUUCAAAGAUGUAAAGCAUUUUACAUUUGUUUAACGCAUUCUAAGUAUGAGGGAGAUGCCAUACCGUGUGACUGUGAAGGAUAUAUGUUAUAUCCUCGGAUAUGAAUAGUGUUACAAAAUAGUAUUCCUGAUGAAUCAUUAUGAAAGGUAACAGUCACCAUUCGGAAAAGUUGAUUUAAAUAUUGCAGUUAGUGUAGUGAAUAGUUAAUGGUGAUCCGGACACCAGUUGCAGGUGGCAAACGUAAUGGUUUAUAGAGGAGUCUGCUAGCAGCAACAGGUAUAUAGAUCAGACAAGCCUACAGACUAGGAGAGGAUUCAAGUGAAAUGAUAUGACCUGGAACACUGUAGCAAUCCUGCGAGAGACGGUGCUAUGUUAGACAUAAGUAUUAUCCCCCAUGCUGCCAGCAUACCUCCUAGGGGCUGCUGGGAGCUGGCCUCAAUUACAAGCACCAUCUCUACCCUUCAUAACCAGUACCUCCCAUAGCUGCUGUAGACUCUAAUCAUCAUGCCAGAAAAUGUAAUUAGUUUACUCACAGAUUAUAAACAACAAUGUAAACUCAAGAGAAGUAGAAAAUAAGAUUAAUUUCGAUUCACAAUAGAAUUAUCACGUUUAUCUUUCACGAGCACAAUAUUAUCAGAUAAUUCUCAUUUAUUGUCGUGUCUAACGUGUUGCUAACGACAACACGAGAAAUUAAAUCUAAAGAAAAAGGGGGUUGUAUUUACACAAAUGUUUGAAAGUAAUUGUAUUGCGUGAUGGAGACAUGCAACACCCGGUCACGGGCCCUCAGCAACACGGCCAACAGGUCUUCUUGGGGAUCUGAAUAAUUGCUACAAGGAAACUCGCUUCGUCCUGUCUGCUGGAGUCCAUAUGUUACCCGAGUAAGAGUUCUCCGACACCUGCAGGUGGCGGGAACACCUCAGUUGGAGAGGUGGAUUCUCUUCCAGGCCUGAUGGAUGAACGUUGUGGCCUUUGGACAAAGUGGGAACAGCUCUGUAGGGUAGUGGAUGAUCUCUCCAGCUGGUGGAUAACUAAUUGUAACAUGCCUCCCCACCAGGGAGAAAACAAAAUGUAAAUCCUUAACUUUUAGCGAAGUUAAGAUUGUAAGCCACACACUUGCGGCAAUGUAUCUGCGAUUCCAUUGACCUUUCCAGGAAGAUGUUUAAUGUUGAAUGUAUACUCCAGGAGGAGCAGCGACCAGCAGUGGAUCACAGUAUUGCAACAUUUCAGAGGUUCUUAACCUUUUUAAGUUUACAGAUUCGCAAUGGCUUACCCAGUAUGUCCCCAUACCCCCUUCACCAGACUGUCGAAAUCCCCAUCACCAUCACCAGUUCUCUUAUGUACCAGUAUGACUUCAAAAGAUAUCAAUAGUUUGGUUUUAUUUAACAUAUCGAUAGCUGGGAACACAACAGCAAAAAGAAUGUAAUGAGGAUUUUAUCAUAAUUAUGGAUAGCAAAACGGCAAAUUACAUGGUAUACACAAACUAGCUACACCUAAUGAUUUUUUUUUUGCUGUUUUAUGGAAUUAUAACAUGGAAUCGAGGAACAGUUACUGAUUGUGAUAGUUCUAAUCUAGCAACAAAUUUUUUUUAACUGUUCAGAGAUCGCGUCCCAUAUACCCCCCCAUUACUAGGUUCCCAUACCCUCAAGAGGUAUGCUUACUCAGGUUAAGAACCAGUACUCAUUGAUGGGUGUUGAGGACUCAUGUUGGUUACAGUAAUGUGGUGGAUGGGUGUUGAUGACUCACAUUGAUUACUGUAAUGUUAUAUCCAAUGCGGUGAACAACGUCUUCUGUAUUACGUCUCAGUGGUAAUCCGAUUUGGUUUGUAAUCUGGUUAGUUAAUUAAGAGGUUAAUUACAUAGUUGUAGGGUGCCGAAGGGUUAAUUAACUCUAGCAUAUAUUGUGCUUCUCAAGAUACCCUGUGUGUGUGUGUGUGUGUGUGUGUGUGUGUGUGUGUGUGUGUGUGUGUGUGUGUGUGUGUGUGUGUGUGUGUGUGUGUGUGUGUGUGUGUGUGUGUGUGUGUGUGUGUGUGUGUGU